UAUAGUAAUUUUUAUUUUAGAAGAUAUUCGAAGAACCUAACCGUGCAAGUUAUUAACGAUAAAAUGGUGUGAUACGUUUUGUUAGUUGUGUAUGUAAUAGCGUAUUAUAUUGUCUGCAAAAUGUCGGUUCCUUAUAGCGGAGCGCUUACCCGCUCUCGCGGUUUAAUAAGUUCUAUUGCUAAAGAAAUGAGAACACUUAAUUUCAAAUUAGUUAAUAAGAUCGUCGUACAGUUCGAUCCCUUUUACGAAAAAGUUACGGAAACGAGAAAGUUUCUUUUUUAUAUAUCAAGCCCGAAAGUUCAGAAAACAAAUCCUCUCUACGCAUUAAAAACCAAAAUUGUCUGCGAUCAAUCUGAGCCUAUCAUUACAUUUGAUCUUACAUCAGGAAACAAAGUAAUAUUCAAGUGUGGAAAUUUGAAUGCUUUGAAUAUUUUACAAUAUUGCAACAAGCAUAUCAGUUCUUUAGUUCCACCUCCUGAAAAGACUCCUAAAGAAAUAUUGCUUGAGGAGAAAGAGAAACAGAGAAAGAAGAAAUGGAAGAAAAUAAAACCAUUUUCUAAAAGAAGAGGUGUAUUUUAUUAAAAUUAUAAUUGAAUUAAGCCAGAGAAUAUUGACAAAAAAGUCUUGUAAAUCAUUUGAUUAUAUUCAAACUUUAUUGAAUAUUUUAUGAAAGGAAAUGUUUAAUUAGAAAAUAAAAUAAAUAGAAGAGAAAGCAAGCGGAGAAAAAAUAUUAUCACUUCAUUAAGACAUCGAUCAAGUUUUAUCCUAUUUUUCUUUGCUUUAAUGAAAUCAAAAAUAAUUCAAACAACCUACAUUGUCAAUUCAUAAGAGAAAUAGUAAUCGUGUAUUUACUGCAAAGAAUUUUUCAUUUUUAAUUCUUAAUAUAUUAUUUAAUAUAUUAAACAUAUAAAGCUGGAUAUAUAUAUUUAUAUAUAUAUAAAUGAUUAAAUAACUUCACCAUAAAGAUAAUUACUUGCAAUAUUAGAAAUUUUGUAGAAACACUUAUUAAAAAUUAAAGCUUGUCUAUUUCUUAAAAUCUUGGUAUAUAAUAUCUCGUAUAUAAAAUAAAAGUUACAUUUCAAUUUUUACUUUAAUUAUAUUAAAAAUAUAUUCGAUUAAAACUACAACACAUCUAUCUAUUUCACAUUGUAUAAAGUAUUCUACAAAAAAAAAAAUCUUUUCACCAUGGCGAGCCAUGCUUCGACUAGCAAAAAUUAUAAUAUGAAAGUAAUCGAUACCCUUUACAAUAAAAUACCAGCUUUUACUGAUCUAUUUGACGAAGAAACAUGGUAUACUUUUGUUGCUUGUUUCGUAGCAGGCACUUUUAUAAUUGCAUUUAUACUUUCAAGAUUUAUUACAUUACACCCAGUCGAUUAAAAAAUUCAUUCUAAUCUAAUGUUAUAUUCUUAUUCAUGCUUUAAAAAAUAUGUAAUAUAAAUAAACGAAUAUGUAAUACCG